AUGAAGAUGCUGGAGCUGAUCGUCGCUCUGCUCGCUCUGUCUGGAGUUCUAACAGACAGCAGUAACUGGGCGGUGUUUUAUCCUGAGAAAAAUAUCUGUGCUGUGAGAGGGUUCAGUGCCACCCUUCCCUGUAAUUAUUCCUACCCACAGAGCAGGUAUAAGGUGGUACAAAUACUCUGGUGCUUAAUGAACUCUAAAUUUUGUGAGAACUCACUGAUUGUUUAUAACAGCUCAUCAAAAAUCACUUCAGACUUUGUGUACGGUGGAGACGACAAAUCAAACUGUACUCUGUUCAUCCAGAAUGUAAAAUUUAAUUAUUCUGGAGAGUACAGAUUCAGAUUUAUAACUAAUGUUUCUGAUGGUAAAUGGUCAGGACAUCCUGGAGUAAAUCUUACAGUCUCAGAUUUAAAGGUGAAACUAAUCAGGCUCAGUGGAAACGGGACCCUUAAACCAGGGGACUCCUUAAAUCUGACAUGUCACGUGAACUGCACACACAGUUCCUCACAGAUUGUUUGGUCCAAGAACAACCAGAACCUGAACAGAUCAGGACCCGUUCUUCACUUUCCCAAUCUAACCGUGGAGGAUUCUGGGAAUUAUACCUGCACAUGGAGGACCAACGUGACCUCGGGAUCUGAUACGAUCAGCAUUUAUGUUGAGGGUGGUAACUGGGUGGUGUUUUAUCCUGGGAAAAAUAUCUGUGCUGUGAGAGGGUUCAGCGUCACCCUUCCCUGUUAUUAUUCCUACCCACAGAGCGGGUAUAAGGUGGUACAAAUGCUCUGGUGCUCAAUGAACUCGAACUAUAAAUGGUGUGAGGAAUCACUGUACGUUUAUGACAGCGCGUCAAACGUCACUUCAGACUUUGUGUACGGUGGAGACGACAAAUCAAACUGUACUCUGUUCAUCCAGAAUGUAAAAUUUAAUUAUUCUGGAGAGUACAGAUUCAGAUUUAUAACUGAUGUUACUACUGGUAAAUAUACAGGAGAUCCUGGAGUGACUCUUACAGUCUCAGAUUUAAAGGUGGAACUAAACAGGCUCAGUGGAAACGGGACCCUUAAACCAGGGGACUCCUUAAAUCUGACAUGUCACGUGAACUGCACACACAGUUCCUCACAGUUCGUUUGGUCCAAGAACAACCAGAACCUGCACAGAUCAGGACCCGUUCUUCAGUUUUCCAAUCUAACUGUGGAGGAUUCUGGGAGUUAUACCUGCACAUGGAACAGCAGCAUGAGCUCAGGAUCUGAUACGAUCAGCAUUCAGGUGGAGGGUGGGUCCAUCAGCUCAGGAACAGAGUCUCAGUGGCUGGUCUGGAUUAUUUUGGGGAUUGGUGGAGGGAUUUUGAUCCUAUCAGUCGCUGCAGCUGUAAUUUACAGCAGGAGGAGGAAGAAAAAAGAAGAAAAGAGAGAUGAAGAGGUGAACGAGGACGGAGUGAUGAACGUUCAGGAUGAUCAGCAGGAUGAUUCUGUGAUCUACAGUGAUGUUAAGCUCCACUGA